AUGGGUAAGGGUGCAGCAAAGUAUGGCUAUAAGAGCGGAAUUCUUCCAUCAACGAGACGAAUCUUGAAAAAUCCAACUGUGAACCAAACGGGUAUACUUGAAAGAGUCAAAGAAGCCAAGCCUAAGGGUAUCAAUGGUGUCGGUUAUGCUAAGGGUAUCAAACAUCCAAAAGGAUCUCAUAGAAAUCCACCUCCAUUGAAAUUCAUUGAUGUGGAGGAAGUUAUCUAUAACACGGUGAAACCUAAGAGUGAAAAUACUACGGCUGCUAGUGAACAGCAGUUAUUGAAGCAGAAUCAAGCAGAGUUGCGUAGAAAAUAUUUGAGUGAGUCUUUACGUAACGAAGAACAAAGAUUAUUAAAGCAGGAAGAGCUAUUGAAGAAGAAAGAAAGGGUACUACAAGAACAGAGAGAAGCCGAAUUGAAAGAGCUUAACAAAGAACGUUCGAGUAACUUGACCAUUCCAACAUUGGAGGGCAUUAUGAAUCAACCGCUUAUGAGACAAAGGACUGCCGAAGAGCAAGAAAUUCUGGAUUUGAAGAGAAAGCACAACAAGGAAUUGAUUGAAUUCAAGGCUAAAGAACGCAAACUUGCCAACUUGGUACAGCUUUGUCAUGCAGCAGACCAUUUCAUUGUGACAGAAGAACAACUGGUGGCCAGUGUAGAAAAGGCAUUCGCCUCGGACAACCAAGAUGUAUUAAGAAAUAAGUUGUCUUUGUCGACUUCUCAACAAACAGCAAGAAACGAAGGUGAAAUUUCGGAUGCAUUAUUUGGUACUUUGGGCAACGGCAAAUACGUAGGUUUGCCAAUUGUGAAGGAAUUUUUAUCUGGUGAGAUGGAACAAUUUAACCAGGAAAUUAAUACCAAAUUGGAUGAAUUAACUAAACAAGCGGAAGAACGUAAAGACUCUGUCCUUUGA